UUUUGUUCAAUAAAGUUUUCCACAUUUCGUCUCUGUCACACAUCCGGGCCUCUGCGCACAUCACCCGGCGCAUGCGCACUCCCCCACAGUGGUUCGACCUCUGCAUCGAGACCCGGGAUUCACGACCGCAUUUGACCCGAACCGGUUCCAACGACCACCCCCCACUCACACGUAGAAGAUGUACGCCUGUGCAAAGUUCGUCUCCACGCCGGCGCUGGUCCGUGCUGGUUCCCGGGCUCUUUACAGACCCCUCUCUGCCUCUGUGCUGUCCAGGCCUGAGAUCAAGUCAGAGAGCAGUGUCGCUCUGAUGCCACAGAGCCCACUCAACCAGGUCACACUGAGGGGCUUCCAGACCAGCGCCAUCAGCAGGGACAUUGACACCGCUGCCAAGUUCAUCGGAGCUGGAGCUGCCACAGUCGGAGUAGCAGGAUCUGGUGCUGGUAUUGGGACAGUGUUCGGCAGUCUCAUCAUCGGCUACGCUAGGAACCCAUCUCUGAAGCAGCAGCUGUUCUCAUAUGCCAUCCUGGGAUUUGCCCUGUCUGAAGCUAUGGGACUGUUCUGUUUGAUGGUCGCUUUCCUUAUCCUGUUUGCAAUGUAAAAAAAUCUCCUGUCAUAUGACACGUUCAUUACACAUGUGACUACAUAUUUUAUUGUGGCUACCAAAAUUGUUCCGUGUUGGUGUCAUGAAAAUGUACAUUUUCAAGUCUUUCAGACACUAUCGAAAUAAGCAAAACGUGUAUUGUACGAAUGUAAGAAAUUACGUGAUUAAAAUACAUGUAUUUGACUAUUUAAA